GAAGCACAAAUACCAGCAUGAUUUGCCAUCAGCAGCAACCACUUGUGACAUCCCUGUUACAUCACCCUAUGGACAACCUGCAGCACUGUGCUCAACCUGUGAAGGCUACCGACAGGCUUCAUUUCACACCUGCAACACCAUUUCACUCAAAGCUUAACUGUAGCAACAGCUGUGAAUUUAAUGCAAGUAUUGGUUUGCAACAAGGUCCAGUAGUACACCAGCCAUCUUGUACAAAGGACAAACCAUAUAAAUGUCCUGAAUGCAAUAAGUAUUUUUCAACCAGAAGUUGUCUAACGCGCCAUCAGACCAUUCAUGUGGGGAGCAAACCAUAUCAGUGUACUGAGUGCAGUAAGUGUUUUACACAGAGUUCUACUAUGAAGCACCAUAUGGCUAUUCACACAGGAGCAAAACCAUACAAGUGUACUGAAUGCAGUAGGUGUUUUACACAGAGUUCUACGAUGAUGCGCCAUAUGACUAUUCACACAGGAGCAAAACCAUACAAGUGUACUGAAUGCAGUAAGUGUUUUUCAUGUAGAAGUCACCUGAUACAACACCAGCGCAUUCAUACUGGUGCAAAGCCAUAUAAAUGCACUGAAUGUAAUAAGUGUUUUACACAGAGUUCUGCUAUGAAGCGCCAUAUAGCUAUUCACACAGGAGCAAAACCAUACAAGUGUACUGAAUGCAGUAAGUGUUUUACACAGAGUUCUCAUAUGAAAAGUCAUGUGGCUAUUCACACAGGAGCAAAAUCAUACAAGUGUACUGAAUGCAGUAAGUGUUUUUCAUGUAGAAGUCUCCUGAUACAACACCAGCUCAUUCAUUCAGGUGCAAAGCCAUAUAAAUGCACUGAAUGUAGUAAGAGUUUUACACAGAGUUCUACUAUGAAGCGCCAUAUGGCUAUUCACACAGGGGCAAAACCGUAUAAGUGUACUGAAUGCAGUAAAUGUUUUACACAGAGUUCUCAUAUGAUGCGCCAUAUGGCUAUUCACACAGGAGCAAAAUCGUACAAGUGUACUGAAUGCAAUAAGUGUUUUUCAUGUAGAAGUCACCUGAUACAACACCAACUCAUUCAUACAGGUGCAAAGCUAUACAAGUAUACUGAAUGCAGUAAGUCUUUUUCAUGUAGAAGUCACCUGAUAUGACACCAGCUCAUUCAUACAGGUGCAAAGUCAUAUAAAUGCACUGAAUGUAGUAAGUAUUUUACACAGAGUUCUAGUAUGAUGCACCAUAUGGCUAUUUACAAAGGAACAAAACCAUACAAAUGUACUGCAUGUAGUAAGUGUUUUUCAUGUAAAUGGAAAAUGAUAAACCACCAGGCCACUCACACAGAAGAACUUUAAUCGCACUUUGACGUAGGAGAGGGGCCAUUCCCAUCAUGGUAUUAGAAACCCAAAAGACUUGGAGAAAUUAAAAAAAAGCAAAGGAAGAAAGCAGCCCUCCCAAACAUUAAAGACUUCAGGAAAUCACAUAUUAAAAAUCAUUAACAUUUGCAGAAAUUAAGAAAACAUCUGCAUAAAUGCUGUGGAUGCCUUUCACAUAACAGUACAUUGUUCCAUCAGGUAAUCCACACAAUAGAACAAGUGCUAAUGAAGAUAAGGAAUCUGAAAGAACAAGAGAGUAAUAUCUGUGGAACUGAUUUAAACUUCAGUCCUUUGCUAAUACCUUCAUGUGAUUGAACUUGCUUCUACAAAAUCUCACCAACAAGAUGAUACUGAUGUAUGCUAUGAUGUUCAUUGUGUUUCACUGAUGCAGUAA